AUGGCUAAGAGAUCCAGACCAUUAGGUCUUUCCAGGAGUAGAAAACAACAAAAAGUAGAUCAUUCACAGGAUUCUAAAGUUCAAGACAAUGAAAAAUCCACUACCCCACAAUUAAGUAUUGAAUUGGAAGAGAAUGAAAAUGCAGACAACGUCACUGUCCAAUUGAUUGGUCUUUGGAACACAUACCUUGAGUCUACAAGAGACUCUGACGCAUUAUUGAAUGGGAUUGUCAAUGAGUGUGAUACGUUGUUAAGCAACGGAGACAACAAAACCAGUUUAGUAGAAGAUGACCAAUUCUUGGCUGUUUUCGCUUUAGCAUUAUCUGAACUGACUAUUUUUAAUUCUAAUAAGAUUAAAGAAUAUUUUGAUGAUUCCGUUGAUAUCAUUAAUUUGUUUUCCGGUGGGAAGCAGACUGAUUUAUUAAAUUUAGUUGAAUCAAAGAUCAUCUUCCAAAGGAUUCCAUUGGAAUAUAUCUCUAAAUUAGAACAAAAUCCAAAUUUGAUUGAAGUGGAUGCAAAUUUAAAGGAAUUAUUGGAUUCAGGGAAACAAAAAUUCGAGUCGAUGCAAAAAUUGAUAGCUAAUGAUAAAUAUAGAAAUAAGAGAUUCAUAAAUGGCUUGAUUAUUGAGACUAUUUCAAUCUUUGAUGAUUUGUUGGAUAUUGUAGAAAAUUAUGGUACAAAGAAAAAUUUGGAUGAAGGUAUGGACAGUGAGGAAGAAGAUGAUGAUAACGAUGAAAGUAAUGGUACGACUGCUGCAAUAUCGGAUAUUAAGUCUAAUCAUCCAUUGUAUGACAUUAGACAACAAUUAGAUGCCUGUGCUAGGUGGUUGAGAGAUGAAAUGAUUGUAUUUUUGGAAAAAUUGGUGUCAGAUACAAAGGAAUAUUAUAACAUUUCUAAAUUGAUUGGUGAAUCUUUCUUGAAGGAAUCUGAAUUCUUCUCUGAAACUUACCUUUCGAUGCAAUAUGGUGAUGAUAAUGAAAAGAUGGAGGAUAGCACAGUUGAAGAAACUAUUAAGGCUGCACAAGACGAAGGUAUAACUUUUGUGAAAAAGGCAAUUGAAUACUUGGAUAAAGCUCAAGACCCAGAAGAUCCAGAUACAUGGGCUCAGCUUGCUGAAGCUUAUAUUGACUUAGGUAAUUUACAGGAUAAUGAAUCAGUUGAACAGGAAGAAUCUUAUAAUAAGGCAGAGGAGAUAUUGAAAAGAGCCAAUAUUGCCUCUCAUAAUAAGUAUCAGCAUAUAUUGGAUAAUUUGAAUAGUGAUGAAUUGUCUAAAGACGUAGAAAAUACAAAUCUAUAA